CCGGCCAAGCAGACAUGGGCUCCCCGUCCCUGCGGGCUCCGCCUGGGGCCCUGGCCCUGCUGCUGGCGCUGGGGCUGCACGGCCUGCGGGCCAGCGCCCACAGAGCCCUGGACCCCGACUUCCGGGAGCACUACUUUGAGCAGUUUCUGGACCAUUUCAACUUUGAGAGGUUUGGCAACAAGACGUUCCCACAGCGGUUCCUGGUGUCAGACAAGUUCUGGGAAAGGGGCAAGGGGCCCCUGUUCUUCUACACGGGCAACGAGGCAGACGUGUGGGCCUUCGCCAACAACUCGGGGUUCAUCCUGGAGCUGGCGGCGCAGGAGGGGGCCUUGGUCAUCUUCGCGGAGCACAGGUACUAUGGGAAGUCACUCCCGUUCGGCGCGCAGUCCACACAGCGCGGCCACUUGGAGCUCCUGACGGUGGAGCAGGCGCUGGCCGACUUCGCCAGGCUGCUCCAGGCCCUGCGGCGCGACCUUGGGGCCCAGGACGCCCCGGCCAUCGCCUUCGGCGGGAGCUACGGGGGGAUGCUCAGUGCUUACAUGAGAAUGAAGUACCCCCACCUGGUGGCGGGCGCGCUGGCCGCCAGCGCGCCUGUGGUGUCCGUGGCUGGCCUUGGGGACGCCUACCAGUUCUUCCGGGACGUCUCCGCGACUUUUGAGGGCCAGGGUCCCAAGUGUGCCCAGGGCGUGCGGGACGCCUUCCGGCAGAUCAAGGACUUGUUCCUGCAGGGAGCCUACGCCGCGGUCAGCCAGGCGUUCGGCCUCUGCCGGCCGCUCACAGGCUGGAAGGACCUGGCCCAGCUCUUCGGGUUCGCGCGGAACGCCUUCACCCUGCUGGCCAUGAUGGACUACCCGUACCCCACCGACUUCCUGGGGCGCCUCCCUGCCCACCCUGUCCAGGUGGCCUGCGACCGGCUGCUGAAUGAGAGCCAGAGGAUUGAGGGGCUCCGCGCGCUGGCAGGGCUGGUGUACAACGCCUCGGGCGCGGCGCCCUGCUACGACAUCUACCUGCAGUACCAGGCCUGUGCGGACCCCACGGGCUGCGGCUCGGGCCCCAACGCCAAGGCCUGGGACUACCAGGCCUGCACCGAGAUGGACCUGGCCUUCUCCAGCAACAACGUGACAGACCUCUUCCCCGAGCUGCCCUUCACCGAGGAGCUCCGCCAGCAGUACUGCCUGGACACGUGGGGCGUGUGGCCGCGGCGGGACUGGCUGCGCACCAGCUUUGGGGGGGCCGACCUCCAGGCUGCCAGCAACAUCAUCUUCUCCAACGGUGACCUGGACCCCUGGGCAGGGGGCGGGAUCCGGCGGAACCUGAGCGCUUCGAUUCUCGCGGUCACCAUCCGCGGGGGCGCGCACCACCUGGACCUCAGAGCGUCCCACCCCGCGGACCCCGCGUCGGUCCUGGAGGCGCGCCGGCUGGAGGCCACGGUCAUCCGCCAGUGGGUCAAGGAGGCCAGGCAGGAGCUGCGGCUGCGGCGGGCACAGCACGGUGUCUCCACAACGGAGGGGCGCGUCCCCAGCUGGACCAGAGGGGACUGAGGGGCACCCCCUGGGCCCAGGGCAGGGCCAGGGUGAAGGAGGUGGCCCAGCCCCCCCGCCCCACGCAGACCUGUGAAGGCAUUGCCCCACCUCCCCAGUCAGUCCUGGUCAAUAAAAACCCUCAACCCAGA